GAAGCUCACUUAGAGGUUAUAAACGGUAUUAAGCUCACCUCACCCUAUGCAAAUUGUUCGGACAUAAGUUAUUCCAGUAAUAAUAAUAACAACACAUCAAUCUGUUUUGUUUGUAAUUUUUUAGGUCUAAGACUAUUGCAUUUAUGCAGAAAACCUGUCAACGGUGAUGAAUUGUAAAAUAUCAACGACGUCAGAUACCAAUUCUGGGCAGAAAGGGAGUUAACAAAUCGUCGGAGAAGGCUGGCAGCAGUUUUGCAGUUGAUGUGCGCCAUUGGUUUUUCCCAGAUUUCCACUGAACAGCUAUUUUAACUUGACUAGGCGGUUGAGUCGGUCGUGCAGCAGGCUAUUGAUUGAAUUCCAAUUCCACUUACCACUUAGGUCAGAAGAAACGUGGGUACGAGGAAUACGAGGUAAACCUAUCUUGUGCGAAGAUACGAAUUGGUCAAUACUAGCUUACAUAUCAAAUUAUUUUAGACACCUGAGAUUUGACUGCAACUUUCUGCGGAAUUCUUUAAAGUGGCUCCUUCAAGAAGAUUACUCUGCGGCGGACAGAUGAUUCGUUUACAUCGCUCAGAAUAAAGCACCGGAGGACGUUUUUUUCCUGGACAUUCGGUUCGUUCAAUUUGGAUUGCUGUUAGUCUAGCAAAACCACACGCGCACGUCUCUCGAACGGGCCGGCGAGGAUUUGUAACAGUUUCUCUUGUGUUGGCAUAUCAAACAGAAGUCAAGACGAAAUCGUUCAAGAAUCCUUGCGCCGGCCGUCAGUGCGCGCGUGCUUUUGGAAACAUGGGUUGUACAUUAAGUGCUGAAGAUAAAGCGGCCGCGGAGAGAUCAAAGAUGAUUGAUAAAAAUCUCCGCGAGGAUGGAGAGAAGGCGGCAAGGGAGGUGAAACUGCUUUUACUAGGUGCUGGGGAGUCGGGUAAGAGCACCAUUGUCAAGCAGAUGAAGAUCAUCCAUGAAGAUGGCUACUCAGAAGAUGAGUGUAAGCAGUACAGGGCUGUUGUUUACAGCAACACCAUCCAGUCCAUCAUGGCCAUCAUCAAAGCCAUGAACAACCUCAAGAUCGACUACACAGAUACUGCCAGGGAGGACGACGCCCAACAGCUCUUUGCCCUGGCGGCUGCUGCCGAGGAGCAGGGUAUCCUGCCCGACGACCUGUCCAGAGUGAUCUGCCGCCUGUGGGCCGACAGCGGGGUGCAGGGCUGCUUCACACGCUCCAGAGAGUACCAGCUCAAUGACUCAGCAGCAUACUACCUGAAUGAAAUGGAGAGGAUAGCCAAAUCAGACUACAUUCCAACACAGCAGGAUGUGCUGAGGACCAGAGUCAAGACCACAGGCAUCGUGGAGACACACUUCACCUUCAAAGACCUGCACUUCAAGAUGUUUGACGUAGGCGGACAGCGCUCGGAGAGGAAGAAAUGGAUUCACUGUUUCGAGGGGGUCACCGCCAUCAUCUUCUGCGUGGCGCUGAGUGCCUACGACCUGGUGCUGGCCGAGGACGAGGAGAUGAACCGGAUGCAUGAGAGCAUGAAGCUGUUUGACUCCAUCUGCAACAACAAAUGGUUCACGGAGACAUCCAUCAUCCUGUUCCUCAACAAGAAGGAUCUGUUCGAGGAGAAGAUCACGCGCAGCCCGCUGGCCAUCUGCUUCCCUGAGUACACAGGAGCCAACAAAUACGAUGAGGCAGCGAGUUACAUCCAGACUAAGUUUGAGGACCUGAACAAGAAGAAAGACACCAAGGAGAUCUACACUCACUUCACCUGCGCCACCGACACCAAGAACGUCCAGUUUGUCUUCGACGCCGUCACCGACGUCAUCAUCAAGAACAACCUCAAGGACUGUGGUCUCUUCUAGGGGCGGGGCCAGGGGGUAGGAAGGUCAGGGGAGGAGCUAAGGUGAGCACAAAGAUUAGGUGAAAAAAAAAUAUGCUAAUCCAAUGCUGAUCAUGACGCCCAUUAUCUCUUAGGUCAAUAGAUGGCCAUGUUAAACGGGACUAAACACUGUAGUCCGCUCUAUGGGACCCUGUGCUUUGUCCACUCAGAUGACAUAGCGACAUUACAUCCUGUAAUUUAGGCUUUAUCUAGAAAGAAAAAAAUAUGCAGAGGAUGGUGCUGGAACACGAUCGAAUCUGGGGACAGCUGAAUGAGAAACCUCUGAGAAAAAGUUGAAAUCCAAGCAUGUCACACGAUCGCACAACACACAGAGCCCCCGACUGAGAACUUACGCUAUGUAAUAUUUUGUUUUCUGCUGGUUAGGUUGACAAAGCAGUUCAUUAUAAAUGCGAGAGAGGGCAGUAGACAGCCUUGAGUCCUAGAAGGAAAAAAAUACACACACACACACACACACACACACACACAGACACAGUUCAUCCAAAACCCUGCAUGUCAUAGCUGUAAAACGAUUCCCCCGAACCAUCAGCACACAUAAACAAACUGCACAUCUGGUGUCUAAUCGACAUGUCUGGGCUCGCUGACUCUUCCUGCAUCUCUCUCUGUACAGCUCAGUCCGCUGCCUGGAGGUUAGAGCGGACCAACACACCAUCGUCACUGACAGACUCAACUGGCUUUUCUGUUUGGAAACUGAUUGAGAACUUGGUGGGAAAGCCUUGUUAGAAGUCUUUUAACAAUCACUGAUUCUCUACUUUGUACGUUAGAUUUUUAAUUUAAUAGGAUUCAAAGUUUUGUUGCAGAUUGAGUUUUAUCGCAGAUUCAUUCUAUUCUGUUUGUACCUUUGCUUUUUGUGAGUAUUAUCAGAGAUUGAAACGUUUGAGAAGAGAGAGGUGCUGCAGGGUGUCUGAGUGGCGUGGUGGUCUAAGGACCUGUUGCAACAUUGCAACCUCGCUUUUCAUCCAGGUCGCAACAUCCUGUCUGUGUGAAGGGGGGGCACAAAUUGGCACCAUCUGGGUUGGUGGGAGAGAGGGUCAGAUAGGGAUGCAUUGCAGUGCCGUGCUCCCUGUGGCAGGUCGGGCACCAGCCAACUAAUUGUGGUGGUUAACCAGAGGAGCGUUCUCCUCCAAGCGCAUUGGUUCUGGUUUAUUUCCUGGUUGGGCGAGCAGUGUGAUGAAAAGCAGAACGGCUAGGCAGGAUGUGCUUCGGAGGACGCAUGUCCUGAUCUUCGCCGAUCCCACAGGGAGCUGCUGCGACGUGGCAAGGCCAUUUUCAAGAAUUAGAUGACAUGCAUGUUUAUAAUUAUAUUAUAAACAAAGUUUAUAUACUAUACAUUGACUUUAACAGAUUUGGGCAUUUUAGAAAAUUUUAAAUUGCAUCAGAUGUAUUCUUUAAUAAAGAAAACCGGAAUGGAAAGAGAAUAUGAAUUGAGAGGAACAUGGUUUGGAUUGCAUUCCCAUAACAUACCAGACAUUGUAUGCUGUAUUUUAUUGCUUAUCGUUCUGCAUGACUGUCCAUCAUAGCUGAUCAUAGAUAUACUCUUCCAAUCCUCACCAUAUAACAUUACUUUAGAAAAUACAAAAUGUAAA